GUUAGUAUCAAACUGCUAAUGCCUCAGUUUGUGGGCAUCUCCUGCAGCCUAGAGAAUUGUGCCGAUCACAGCGUCUUGCGUGGUCUCUGUCUGGUCGAGGUGUUGCACACCACAGAUGUGGUACGUAUCCACGUGGCACCAUCUCAACCGGGAACAUACUAUCUGCAUGUGUAUGUGGCACCGGAUUGGCGUGUAGAGGACUGUCGGCAACUAGCCUGUUCUUUUCAGAUACAAUGUGCCGAACACAAUUACUCCCGUUUAGUUGUGAUGGGUCGAAUUCCCGAGGUCGGGUUCCUUGGGCCGACACCUGCCGCGCGAACUUUGGGUGUUUCUAUGUGUGCUGAACGAAGCUCCAGCGGUGGUCGGGCUUUGUUCGUACAUACCAGUUCCGAUCCACUCCGGAUUCCAUUUGCCAUUGCUCCCGGAUUGAAGAUUUGUCAUCAGUUGAAAUCUUUCGAUCGCCCCGGACAUCAAAUGGUUGAUUGUGACAGCUACGCGUUACUUCAGAUGCGCCCACCGAAAAGCAGUUCCCAUGGUCCAGCAGUGAACGCAUAUUACCAUGUCCGCAUGCCAAUUGAAGGUUUUUACUAUCUGACCAUAUAUGCUUCAUCCAAUGCAGACUCAGACACAGAUCACUUGGAGUGUGUGUAUCGAAUUCUUAUAGAUGUACGCAAAACACCUGCCUCCCCGUCUGCGGUGCCCGCAUUUCCCAGACAAACAUUCUGGUGGGUUCAUUGUCGCCUGUUGGAGCCGCUUUGUCAACGUCUGUCGGUGAAUCGACAGUACACUUUCCGGUUAGAUGCACCACAAUACGAUUCUGUAGCUGUAGUCAUUAAUGAAACCGAGUGGUUCUUCCUCACUCCAACCACUCCCCCUGGGCGUUGGACCGGCAAGAUCCAAGUGGGCGAAUUUCUCGGCCAGUUAUCCGUGUUUGCUCGUUUCACCAGUGGACCUGAUGGAUUUGGUGAUCCUCUGACCAGGGAUUCAAAUAAAACAGAUGAAGGAGAUGCCUAUGUCAAACUGCUAGACUACUUAAUCGUGGAAUGA